UGUUCAAACGGAAGGUUCCCGUGUUUACGUUUUGCCGGACGUUGUCAGGACGCUCGGGAGGGUGGACCCUUUAUCUCCACCUACCAUUAAGGAGAAGACGAAGACCCUUCACGCAAACUGCACGUACCGUCAAGAAGAAGACCCUUCACGCAAACUGCACGUACCCUAAAGACGAAGAAGAAGGAUCGUUGUCGCCCCUCAACUCACAAAAAGAAGUUGUCAACAAUUAUUAUAUUUUGGUCCAUGUUUCAACGUGUGUAGACCAUCAAGAUGGAGGAUAGUCUGAAGCUGUGGGUUAGCCAUAGGCUUCAUGAUGUUAUGGGGAUGAGUGACUCGACUGUAGCUGAAUAUCUCAUACGGAUAACGCAGCGACUCCCCAGUAAAAACCACGUGUUGGAAGAGCUCAGGGAAGAAAUUCCAGUGGAUAGUGCAAUAGAGAAAUUUGUUGGUGAGCUUUGGGACAAAGUUAAAGGUGCUGCUGCUAAGCCUGGUGCUGCUACAUCUAGCAGACAGGAUGCAUCUGCUGCAAAGAAACGAAAGGUGGAGGAAAGCUCUGACUCUGAAGGUGAAGGACCUAAGCUACUGAAGGGUUCUGGAGAACAAAAUUCUGAUGAUGAUGAAGAGAAACAGAGACUAAAGGACCUGCGUGACCGUGAUGAAUAUGCUGAAAGAUUACGACUGCGAGAUGAAGAGCAGACAAAAAAUUUGGCUGAUAAAGGGGAUAAAAAGGCAUUUGAAGAGGCUGCAAAAAGAUUGCAGUUAGAAAAGGAAGAUCGUGAAAAAAUCCUUCCUAAACUACGAGUGGAAUCUCGCCGAAAGUACCUUGUAAAGCGCAAGGAUGACAAAUUAAAAGAAUUGGAAGCAGACAUUGUAGAUGAUGAGUAUCUCUUUGAAGAGGAAGCUCUUACCGCGAGGGAGAAAAAAGAACGGGAUUAUAAAAAGACUGUUCUUCAGUUGGCCAAAGAUUAUGACAAAGUAAGAGAAGCAGAAAAUGUUCAGAGGUAUGUAAUGCCUGAGGAAGGUGGAAGUGUUGAUGAUAGAUAUGUAGAAGUUGAUGAGAGAGAAAAGAAACGUGGUUAUGACCAGAAGAAAUGGGAGGAAGAUCAGAUGAGAGGAACAUCCCUUUCAUUUGGAGCAAGAGACAAGGCUCAGAAAUAUCAAGAGCAAGAGAAGGAAUACAAUCUUGUUUUGGAAGAUGAAAUUGAAUUCAUCAAAUCACUUCCAUUAGCAGGUACGCUUAAAAAGAAGAAAAAGAAGAAGAAGAAGAAAGAAUCAGAUUCUGAGCAUAGUUCUUCAUCAGAGGAGGAGGAGGAGGAGGAGGAAGAUGAGCAAGAACCUAAGUUUUCUGAGGCACAGAAGAAGAAGCUUUCAAUAGAUGAAGUAAGAAAGAGUUUACCUGUGUUUCCAUUCAGGGAAGCUUUGCUAGAUGCCAUCAAAGAACAUCAGAUACUAAUCAUUGAAGGGGAGACUGGGUCUGGUAAAACCACACAAAUACCACAAUAUUUGUUCGAGUCUGGAUUUUGUAGCGACGGCAAGAAAAUUGGCUGCACUCAGCCGAGAAGAGUUGCUGCAAUGAGUGUAGCGGCCCGUGUUUCUGAAGAAAUGGGCAAAAAGCUUGGAAAUGAAGUCGGAUACAGCAUUCGAUUUGAAGAUUGCACCAGUGAUCGUACAAAAAUAAAGUACAUGACAGAUGGUAUGUUAUUGAGAGAAUUUCUCAUGGAGCCUAGUUUAGAUGGUUACAGUGUUAUGAUUAUUGAUGAGGCCCAUGAAAGGACCUUGCAUACAGAUAUACUUUUUGGCUUACUGAAGGACAUCACAAGAUUUCGCAGUGACUUAAAGUUGCUCAUAUCAAGUGCCACUUUAGACUCGGCAAAGUUUUCAGAUUUUUUUGACGAAGCUCCUAUUUUUCGAAUACCAGGCAGACGAUACCCAGUCCAUAUUUAUUAUACAAGAAGCCCAGAAGCUAACUAUAUUGAUGCUGCUGCUGUGACAAUUUUGCAGAUCCAUAUAACUCAACAUCUUGGAGAUAUUUUGUUGUUUCUCACAGGUCAGGAAGAGAUUGAGGCCUGUCAAGAAAUUUUAACAGAAAGAAUCAGAGCUCUUGGAAGUAAAAUUCGUGAACUAAUAAUAUUGCCAAUAUAUGCCAAUUUGCCUUCUGAAAUGCAAGCCAAGAUAUUUGAACCAACACCACCUAAAGCAAGAAAGGUUAUUCUUGCAACAAACAUUGCUGAAACAUCCCUCACUAUUGAUGGUAUAAAGUAUGUUAUAGACCCUGGCUAUGCAAAGCAGAACUAUUUUAAUGCAAGGAGUGGCAUGGAGUCACUAAUAGUAGUUCCAAUAUCUAGAGCAUCAGCUAAUCAGAGAGCAGGCCGAGCAGGAAGAGUUGGCCCAGGUAAAUGUUUUAGGCUUUAUACUCAGUGGGCAUUUGAGAAUGAAAUGGAUGAAAAUACCAUUCCAGAAAUUCAGCGGGUUAACCUGGGAAAUGUUGUUCUUCAGCUUAAAUCCCUUGGUAUCCAUGACCUCAUCAACUUUGAUUACUUGGACCCACCACCAGCUGAAUCCCUUAUCCUUGCUCUUGAACAGUUAUAUGCCUUGAAAGCUUUGAACCACAAAGGUGAGCUGACCUCUACUGGUAGAAAAAUGGCGGAACUUCCAGUGGAUCCUAUGAUGUCACGGAUGAUAUUAGCUGGUGAUCAGUAUAAAGUUGUGGAGGAAAUUCUCACAAUUGCUGCAAUGUUAUCUGUAAAUGGCUCUAUAUUUUAUAGGCCUAAAGAUAAAGCAAUUCAUGCUGAUACUGCACGAAAGAAUUUCUUUCAUCCAGAUGGUGAUCACUUAACUCUAAUGAAUGUUUACAAUGAGUGGGCAGGAACAGAUUAUUCUUCACAGUGGUGUUAUGAGGUCUUUAUUCAGUAUCGGUCCAUGAAAAGAGCGAGGGAUAUUAGAGACCAGCUUGUUGGACUCAUGGAACGGGUAGAAGUACAGUUAACUUCCAAUCCUGGUGACUCUGUUAAUAUCAGAAAGGCUAUUACUUCGGGAUAUUUCUACCAUGUGGCAAGAUUUAGUAAAGGAGGUAUGUAUAAAACUGCAAAAAAAAAUCAAACUGUGAUGAUGCACCCACAGUCGUGUUUGGUAGAGGAUCUGCCGAGAUGGGUUGUAUAUCAUGAGUUAGUUAUGACAACGAAGGAAUAUAUGCGAAAUGUGGUGGUUAUUGAUGGCAAGUGGCUUUUAGAAGUUGCUCCUCAUUACUACCGUGAUAAUGAAGUACACGACACAACUAGUAAGAAGAUGCCGAAGGUUAAAGGGAAAGCAAGAGAGGAGUUGCAGAAAGAAUAUAAUUAGUACAGUACAAACUCCAGUUGAAGUAUAACAUAACAUUUUCUCGCACACACAUUGUAUACUGAAUACUGUGUGUAUGUGUGUCUAUACUGUAUAUCAUAGCUACACGUCACACUUUUAUAAACAGAAUGAGUAUACUUGUCACUGUUGGAAAAUUACUUAUUUAAGUAUAAGCUUUGCAAUAUACUAAUAAUUGAGCAGAGUACUGAACCGGGAAAAACUGUAAUUCGACAAUUAAUGUGAUUUGUUUAUAAAACAUUAAAUUCUAUUUUUGUAUAAAUAUAUGGACAAAUUAAA